AGCGAGAAAUAUAGUGUGGGCCGAAUGACGCCGAGCGACUCUGUAGCGACGUUCGAACGUGAGGCUAUUUAAAACUGUGCGCAAGCCCCCUGGCGCCGAGUCGACAACUAAUGAUCAGUGCUGCCUUGUCUACCAACGAGUGCAAAGCGACAUCGUGAAUUGUGUUUACACAAGGACGUUUUUCGUCAGUGUUUGUUUAGUUUCAACAGUUUCCACACUACACAAUCGUGAAAAUGGCUGACAGUGGUCUCAAGAGGAAUAUUCCAAUUAAGCUAGGAGAUUUUUCAGUUAUCGACACAGAGUUCUCAAGCAUUAGGGAGAGAUUUGACGCCGAAAUGCGCAAAAUGGAAGAAGAAAUGAGCAAGUUCAGAUCAGAAUUGAUGAAUAGAGAGAGCAACAACUUCUUUAAGAGCACCACAAGGUCUUACAAUUUCGAAUCUGUUUCCUCCGGAGGAGUAACGAAGUCUUCAGAGAGCUCUACCACAUCUUCACAGCACAGUGACAGCAGACAGUUAGCAGAACCCAGUCAUUGGGACAGCUUGAACUCUCCCUUAAUCCAAGACGAAGGUGAUGGCAAAACUCUGAAACUCCGUUUCGACGUAAGCCAAUACACCCCAGAAGAAAUUGUCGUGAAAACCGUCGAUAACAAAUUAUUGGUCCACGCCAAGCACGAAGAGAAGUCAGAAAACAAAUCAGUAUACAGGGAGUACAACAGAGAGUUCCUACUGCCAAAGGGCACGAACCCCGAGGCCAUCAAGUCGUCCCUGUCCCGCGACGGCGUGCUGACUGUGGAGGCGCCGCUGCCGCAGCUCGCUAUCACCGACAGAAAUAUCCCUAUCCAGAAGCACUGAGAAUCUCAUAGCGGUCUACUAGACAGCAGCUAUUCCAUACUACUGUUAAUUAAUUAUUUAUUAUAAUUCUUUACGUUUACGUUAGGAGUAUUGAAGACCUUGAGAUAUUUAUUUUUGAAUUUUAAUCAUAAUGAAUCUCAAAGUUUAUUAACGAGUAUGUACUAAUAAAUUUUAUUCAAUGUUUUUUUUAAUAUUAUAGUACAUACUGAAAUCUGUGGCAGAGGAGAACAGUUGCUAUUUGCACUGUUGAUAUUAAUAUUUACUUGAGUCGAAGCUUUCACUGUGAUUGUUAGAAAUUUGUGCAUAUUGUCAUGCAUUUCUCUCACUCUAUUAGAUGUUUCAGUGGUAUGAAUGAAUAAAAUGCACUUAUUAAUUGAUGAAUUGUUGUUGAGCGGAAACCCAUUAUUUAUAAACGCAUCAAAUUAAUAAGAGCAGAUUACGGUCUAAGAUCGCUUGGUACGGAGCUUAUAAACGUGUUCAAUGUUUUCAUGGACAUAAAUGUAUUAAAAUAGGUAAAUACUAAAAUGCCUUUAACGCUACUUACAAAAGUCCAUUCACUUUAACAUUAGUCUUAAUAUAGGCAAGUGUAAUGUUAUAAUGUACCAUUUUGCAAUACAUAGCUUUUUACUGAACACAUUUAUAUUUUAGUACAAAAUUGUUACAGAAAUUUUAGAUGUCAAUAAAAUAAUAAACGAAA